AUGAACAUCCGCCAAGCCAUGACAGCUGCUGGACGUGCCCAAGCUGACGGAGCUACGGAGCGCCAAAAUAGAACUCUUGAAGAUGCCCUACGUUGCCAAGUGUCUUACCUCGGAGACGACUGGUUCGACCACUUAGCGACGAUUGAGUAUGCCCACCAAGGACUCGUACAAGCUCAACGGGACUUUCGCAAUUUCAAGUUGACACCGGAAGAAUUUUGCGCAACCCAAUCAUUGACGCAGUUUUGCCUAAAAGAAAAUCUCAAAGCUGCCCGAGCAAAACAAAAGGAGCAUUAUGACCGCAAACGAUCGCAAGUUACCUUCAAGCCCAAAGACUAUGUUAUGCUUGCAACCCGCAACCUGACACUCAAGCAUGCCCAGCAGUCAAGCUCCAACGAACGCCCCAAGCUCUUGCCCGCCAAUAUAUCGCGAAUUCACGAUGUCUUCAACGUUGACCGCCUCAAGCCAUACCGUUCCAAUGAUCCCAAGUUUGCAGCCCGUCCGAUUCCCAAUGCUACGCCAAUCAUCCUCGACGACGAAACGAAUGAAGAACUUUUCAUUGUUGAAAGUCUGCUGAAGAAGCGUCAGUUCAACCGCAAGCCCGAGUUUCUCGUCAAGUGGCAUGGUCAGCUUGAAAGCGAAGCCACGUGGGAACUCGCCAAGAACAUCAAGCAUGUCUUCCAUUUCCCUCAACUUCUCCAAGACCUACAACGCCGCAGUUCGCCUUUGCGGACACCACCAAACGAACGGACCAUGUGA